CCGCCCGCCGCGGGGGCCGCGCCGCGCUCGCCGCCGCCGCUGCUGAGCGUGCGAGGGGCGGCGCGGCCGGUGCGGCGGAGCCGGCAGCGGGGAGAGCGGGUCCAUGGAGCACAACCACCUCCACCUCCACAACGGCUCCCUCCUGGCGCACCACCGCUAUGGCUGCGGCUUGGGAUACGCACCCGUCGUCUACUACAGCCUGCUGCUCUGCCUGGGGCUGCCCGCAAACAUCUUGACAGUCAUCAUCCUUUCCCAGCUCGUGGCUCGCAGGCAGAAGUCCUCCUAUAACUAUCUUCUAGCUCUAGCUGCUGCUGACAUCCUGGUUCUCUUCUUCAUCGUCUUUGUGGACUUCCUCAUGGAAGACUUCAUCUUAAACAAACAGAUGCCUCAGGUACUGGACAAAAUAAUUGAGGUCUUGGAAUUUUCUUCCAUCCACACCUCCAUAUGGAUUACGGUUCCACUAACCAUUGAUAGGUAUAUAGCUGUGUGCCAUCCUCUGAAGUAUCACACAGUCUCCUACCCUGCUCGUACUCGAAAAGUCAUUGUAAGUGUCUAUAUCACCUGCUUUUUGACCAGCAUCCCCUACUACUGGUGGCCCAACAUUUGGAUCGAAGACUACAUAAGCACAUCAAUGCAUCAUGUCCUCAUCUGGAUCCACUGCUUUACUGUUUACUUAGUGCCCUGCUCCAUCUUCUUCAUACUGAAUUCCAUCAUCGUGUACAAGCUGCGGCGAAAGAGCAAUUUCCGACUGCGAGGGUACUCCACGGGGAAAACAACAGCCAUUUUGUUUACUAUAACUUCUAUAUUUGCUAUACUUUGGGCACCAAGAAUAAUCAUGAUUUUGUAUCACCUCUACGUAUCGCCUAUAAACAACAGCUGGGUGGUACAUAUUGUGUCGGACAUCGCCAAUAUGCUAGCACUGCUGAACACUGCAAUUAAUUUCUUCCUCUACUGUUUUAUUAGCAAAAGAUUUCGCACAAUGGCAGCUGCCACACUGAAAGCCUUCUUUAAGUGUCAGAAGCAACCCGUGCAAUUCUAUACAAACCAUAACUUUUCCAUAACAAGCAGCCCUUGGAUUUCCCCAGCCAACUCUCACUGCAUCAAAAUGCUUGUUUACCAGUAUGAUAAGAAUGGAAAGCCUAUAAAAAUAUCACCGUGAAAAGGGCAAUAGUUGGAGUUUCUGGGUGCAAGUUCUUUUCAAGCGGUUACAUCUUCAGGAUGUAAUUUGCUGAAAUGGCUGUUUUGAAGAGUGGUCAUUUGAUUUCAUUUCCCUGGGAGACCGAGGGCAGAUCAGACUGUUAGGAGGGAACAGGAGCACUUGAUUUUAGGAGCAGAAGUGAGAAGGCAAACGCCUCUGUCUCUUACAUAGCAUUUUGAAUAUGCGUCAGAGUUCAAGUCCUAGUGUUCAGUCGCACUCAAACGAUUUGCAUCCCUGGACCAGUGCAGUCCAAAGUCAUUGGAGGGGAGAAGCCACAACAGUGUUUAAUUACAACCUUUUAAAAAACAACAACAAAACCUUACUUGACCACGCAGUUCACUAUCGACGGAUGCUUUUAUGUACUGUGGAAGGUGCCAUUUCUGGUGUGUGCACUUGCCAAAAAUGAUGUGUUGUUUCUGACGUGAAAUGCCACCACAGUCUUGCUGUCAAGACCUUGUUGCAGGAGGCAGCCUCUGAGACACGAACUGUGACAAGCCCAUUUUGGCUCAUUUGAGCAAGGCUCAAGGACCAGCAUAGUACCUAUUGCAGGUACUACGGGAAGCAAUCCUGCAAGCUGCCGAUAUUCGUAUGUUUAAAGUUGUUAUUUUAAAGAAUGUGACCAAGACAGGGGAGCUGGAGGGAGGGAGGGAGGUUUCUAGAGCCAAGAACAAAAGCAGCAUCUUUUCCCAGCUAUUUCAGUUAUGGUGUCUAAAGGCUUUGAAGUGUGAGGCCAAGUCCUGCCUGAUGCAGGGCUCCCACCAAAGCUGCUCCUGUGAGAUUUGGAGCGAUCACAGCCUUCAGGUUCCUUCUUAAUCAAUAAAAAUUCUCAGUUAUCCCCCGCAUUCGGUUAUUUAGGGAUUAACAUAUAAAAACCUUCAGCCUGAGAUUUCCUCCUGACAGAUUAUGCCAUCCUAUUGCAAAUUUGCCAUUUAAUUAAAAAAAAAACUAUUUGUGAAAGAAAUCCAUUAAAUACCCAAUAGCAGUAAAAACAUAGAUCAGCUUGGACUAAGGCUUUUAAAUAUUUACCUAAUUUAAAGUAGCUUAACUGCUCUUCCUUCACACUCAAAAACCAGCAUCCCAUCAAUGCUGAGUGUAGAAAAUGAGAAGAGAUUUACAGGAAGGCAGAAAAUGCAGUUCUUUUAAUUUCUCUCCUUUUCAGACCUUGGCAUGUGGUCUCUCAGAGCCACAUACCGCAACCUUUUUACUUCUGUGUUGGACACUUAAUGCAGCCUUACUGAUCGUGAGAGCAGACUUCCUUGCGUGGUGAACAGAAGCACAAUGUGGUCACAGCAGCUUCUCAGUAACUGCAAACAAGCAGCAGCCUGGUGCUAGCACUGCGUUUGUGCCUGUGCCCGUCUCCAUCGCCAGUGGGGAGCUCGUGGUGACCUAACACAGUGAGGUCACCUGAGAAGGGAUCCAGUCAAUCCCACUUUGGUGGGAUCUGAGGGCUGAAAUCGUCUCUCUAAAACCCACGGAUGGUUCAGCUUUGGUGCAUUUCCCCUAAGAACCACCAAGACUUCCAAAGUCCUGCUGAGGACAACAGGCUGGUCCCCUUCUGCCACAAAGGUUGCAUUACUGACUCAUACUGCCCAUACUGGUGUCCUGCAAGAGCAAAACCCAUGCCAAACCUGAGCACGCCUUCCCCAGGAGGGAAUGGCAGCAGAAGGGACAAGCCAUGAAGACCAGGACCCCAGGCAAAGGCUGGCUCAUGCGUGGGGGGCUUUCUCAGGAGAGAUUGAGGCUACUCAGGUCAGUCAGGAGCACAGAGACAGGAUGCCCAGCGCCUCGGGGACCAUGCGCCACCCCGUCCCCUUCCCACAGGCAGAUCAGCUAGGAGAGCUGCAAGGUGCUGGAGUCCCCCAGGGACCGUGCUGGUUAGAGCAAGGAGAGGGGCAUGCCUGGGGAAAGGGGGAGCUGAGAGCAAAAGCUGACCCUCCCCACCCAAGGGAUGCUACGCACCUAAAUCUCCCCAGAUUCAAAGGGAAGCGAAGAGCCCCCUCAUCCUGUAGGCCCUUUGUCCCUGUGAUCUCAACAAAACUUCACACUUACUUGCAAUAAUAAAGCAUGAGGGAUGCUCGGCCUUGCUGUGUUUGUCACAGCAAGGUUAACAUUAUUGCUCCCUUUACCAGUGUUUCACAGAAAUUCAAUUUUGUGGCCAUGCCUUCUACCCUCCUCUUAGAAACCUCUCUCUGGUCUUUGUCAGUUGAUAGUAACCAAAGUUACCUUAUGAAAAAGGUACUGUAUGUUUCAUUUUGGGAAAACACUGUAUUUAUAACUUAUUUUUAUUCUAGAUUUGUUAUGAGGAAUGCUUGUCUGAGUUACAUGUGAAUGAGUCUGAAGUGCAAUAUCUCUGUAGAUAAGUGGUUCAUUUUUGAGAAUGUAUCUAUUGAAAAAAAUUAUUUAUACAAGAAAU